AUGCAAAUGGAGCCCUUGUCGUCGGCCUCCUCAUCGGCCUCAUCCCUGGCCUCCACAUCCCCGUCCACAUCAUCCGGAUCGUCCAAAAGGGUAUUAAAGCGAUACUCGGAAGCGUUGGCCGCAUUUGCAUCCGGGUUAGCCCAGGACAGCAAAUCGGUGCAACUAUUAUCGGGGUUCGUGGAGACGGCUAUGAAGUCACCCCUAAGGGCCUCACUGGAGCCCAUAUACCGUCAACUCCAGGCCAUGAAUUUCGACAAAUCUCCGUUUGUCAUCACCAGUGUCGUGGGUCAGGAGCUGUUGGCGGCCGGACACUACUGGGCCGCAGUGGUCGUAUUAAAGCGAUACUCGGAAGCGUUGGCCGCAUUUGCAUCCGGGUUAGCCCAGGACAGCAAAUCGGUGCAACUAUUAUCGGGGUUCGUGGAGACGGCUAUGAAGUCACCCCUUCGGGCCUCACUGGAGCCCAUAUACCGUCAACUCCAGGCCAUGAAUUUCGACAAAUCUCCGUUUGUCAUCACCAGUGUCGUGGGUCAGGAGCUGUUGGCGGCCGGACACUACUGGGCCGCAGUGGUCGUGCUCGAGUCGAGCCUCAAAAUAGGCUCCCGUUCCCUCAAACUCAGGGGUUCGGUGUUCUCGGCGCUGGGCAGCGCCUACUGGGCCCUCAAUAAGCUGGAUAAGGCCAUCAGCUACAUGCAACAAGACCUCCAGGUGCUGUAUACGAGCUUACUUCUUGAGAUCACAUCUAUUCUUAUGUCUAUACCUAGAGUUGCUGAGUCGAUUGUAAGGGUUAACCCUUUCUAUACAUACACUUUUCCAAAAGCCAUCAAGCGCAGGGUGUGCCCCGAUAGUGAACAGUUGCCCAUACACAUAAUGAUGAGUUAUACAGUGUCGGAGUCGUUGGGCGACAGUCUGGGCGAAUGUCGAGCUCACGGCAACCUGGGCUCAGCCUUCUUCUCCUUUACGUUGAUGUUCUCUCGUGACCGUCGGGUAGCGAAGGUUGACCACAACCGGUACUUCAAGUUCGUGUGGGAUGUCCGUCGGUACCGCGAGUGGAGGGACCCGCCGCACAUCAACAACGCCCUGUCCAGUCACAAGCAGUGCCUCAAACUCGUCCGGCAAAUAGGCGACCCCUUGGCCGAGGCCCGGGAGAUCGGGAACGUGGGGGCCGUGUAUCUAGCGUCGGGAGAUUUUGAAAAUGCACUGGAAUGCCACUUAGAGCACGUGAAACUGGCCAGGCUAUUGGGCAACAAGGCUGAGGAGGCCCGUGCCUACUCUAAUUUAGGCUCUGCUCAUCACUACCGGCGUAACUACGAGCAGGCGAUCCAUUUCCACGAGCAGGUGCUCAGGAUAUCCCAAGAGAUCGGCGACCGUAUGAUUGAGUCCAAGGCUUACGCCGGGUUAGGCCACGCGUCCAGAUGUAUGGGCGACCUCUUGCAGGCCAAACGGUGGCACGAAAGGCAACUCAACAUCGGUUACCAGUGGUUUUUAUCCAAGUAG